AUGGAUCGAGCCAAAAAACGCCUCGUAUCAGCACUCGAUGGUUUCCGCAAUCAGCACAAAUCGGAGAUUGAGCUGGAUGAGAAAAUCACACCGUCGGAUGUGUGCUUGACACGAAUUGUAAGACAUGGUUUUCCGGAUGAUCCACGAUGCAUGGCAUAUGAUGCAGUGCAGCGUUUGCUUGCUGUUGGCACUGGGCAUGGGGUGGUGAGGAUUGUCGGUGAUGUUGGAGUGGAUUAUUGCCUGAAACAUGAAUCAGAUGCAGCUGUACUUCACAUACAAUUCCUCAUGAAUGAGGGAGCACUGGUUACAGCAUGCCGCGAUGAUCUAAUACAUUUAUGGAAUUUUCGUCAAAAGGUACCAGGCAUUUGUUGCUUUUCUCUUUAUUUUUUAAAGCGGUGGGGCGGGGAAGAUUUAAAUAUAAUGCAGUUUUGUGAGAAAUAG